AUGGUGGGCAAGCUCAUAGACACAACGCAUGAAGGUAUAUUCACGAUUCGGGAAGCGAUAUCUACUCUCCUACAACCGCCGAUAUUACAGACCGGGCUUCUCCCUCACACCGCGAUCCAUUCUCCAAAGAAACCUCCCACCUCCCGAGACAUACCUCCCGUAAUUCUCUCCAAUAUCCCCUAUGUCGAACCCUCAGCUUUUAAAGACUACCUCAGUGAGGUCGAAAGCCUAUUUGAUGCUUUCAAACGCAUGAAGCUCGAGUUCAAAGACAUGUUUCGUCAAGACAUCUCCACUACCAAAGGCGACGAAGUUGCACCGUGCGGAAGGCGGAAGACAAGCGUUUCGAAGCGCCAGCUUGCGCCUACACCGCUGUCUACAAUUCCCUCUGUGUAUUUCAAUGAAAACUUUCACCUCGAGAAUCCGCGCAUUUUCGAUGUUCAGCCACUGUCCACCAUCGGAGAAGGUGAUGACAUUGCUGCAAAUGGUGACCUGCAGCCUACUAGGAAGACGCUUACUACCUAUACUAUCUUGCAAGAGAAGCUAUCGUGGCACAUGGACACUGUAGAGAUUCAUUUGGUACUUUUAAUUUCGCAAGCGUCAGCCUCUUUUUUCGCCGCGCUCGGCUCCCUUCGUGAACUCCAGGCCGAGGCAGCCGACUCUGUCGCAAAGAUCCGGAAGGUGAGGAAGGACCUCGCGCAUUUGGACAAAGAGAUGGUAGUGCGCGGGUUUGAGAUCAUCAACUCGAAGCGGAGACGGGACAAUCUGACAAAGCUGGGCGAGGCUACCAAACAGCUUCAAUGUGUCCUUAGCGGCGCUAGUCAUUGCGAAGAACUCCUUGCAUCCGAAACGCUGGAUCCGAGAAUUGGCGGGGAGUUGCAUUGGUUGCUGCCGAACCCAUUCAUCAGGCUUACCGAUCUACGCCGAAUGCACGCUAUUGGAGGGCUGCUGCAAGACAUCGACCAGCUUCGCCUGCGGAUUGGGAAUGGUUAUGAAGCCCGAUUGCUGAACAUCCUUCUAGGCGACCUGCGCCGACAUGUGUCCGACGCACCGCCCACAGACACUCUGACACGCUGGACAAAAAGCACACGCGGCGCGACGGAUGACUCCUCAUCGAAUAUCCAUGAUGAAGGCAGAAAACUUGCGCGAAGAACUCAUCCCUGUCCUGCAGGGCCUUGGCCAGCCGCAGUAUUUAGCUGCAGCAAGCACCACGUUUCUGAGUCUGCCACGUCUGCGUCUAUGCGGGCAAGCGGUCGACGUCCGACCCAGCAGGAAAUGUCGAGCAUUCUGUCUCGCAACUUGCGUGCUCUCAGUCCUGAGGACGCCGAGGCGUUCUUCGUCAAGGUUCUCCUCGAUAUCAUAAGCGGCAUGAAGACUUCAAACAACGUACUCACUCCCGUCCAAAUCCUCGGAAGCAAGGGCGAGCCGGCUGUCCGUUCGCCCAGCCUUUCGACGGGAUAUAAUCUGCAGGAAGAGAUAACUCAAGCCCUUAACAUGUCGAGCCUCCUCGUACAGGUAGUGGACAAGGCACAAUCAGAGAUCACAAAGGUGCUGCGAGUCAGGACCGAGCAAACGGUUCGCCUUGGAUUAACUCAUUUCCUAAGCUACUUCACGCUGAAUCGCCUGUUUGUCAAUGAAUGCGAGGCAGUCUCUGGACACUCUGGAGAGGCCCUCAAGAGCAUCGUAAACAAUCAAAUUCACGACUUUAUUCCGCUUCUGCACGAAGUAGAAAAGCAAAAGCUAGUGCAGAAGAUGGAGUCUGAGAAGUGGGAGCGCAUCGACUUCAAGCCCCAGGACGCAUUGAUCCUGGCGCACAUUGUCCAGUCUAUGACCACUGAUCCCCCGGCAUGGCUCGGUUACACGGAUGUCAGUACCGCAGGCCUAGAAGCAGACGAACUGAAUUUGCAGAAAACCCGCACCCCUAUGGAGCCGACAAGUGCUGCUAAGCAAAAUAAGAAAGACCCGACACUGGCUGUCAUCGACGCCGAGAAGUUUACGCUGGUUGAUUCGGCAGCAUUUGCGCUUCGCGGUAUAGAACAAUACACAAUCCUACUGGCAUCGGUCCCCGGCAUGGUCAACGACAUAUCGACGCUCCUACUUGACUAUCUCAAACUGUACAACUCUCGCACACAACAGCUUAUUCUCGGUGCCGGCGCUAAAAUAACAGCUGGGCUGCCCAAUAUCAAUACUAAGCACCUUGCCCUUGCCUCGCAGUCGCUGUCCUUCUUCAUUGCCCUGAUACCCUACGUGCGCGAGUGUGUUCGUCGUCGACCGUCCAUCACAGGCUCCGGCAUAGCAGAGUAUGACCGGUUGAAGCGCUUAUUCCAAGACCAUCAGUCCACUAUCCACGACAAGCUCGUCGACAUAAUGAGUUUUCGCGCGACCGUUUGCAUUAGAGAGAUGAAUAAGAUCAAGUGGGACGACGAAGAUGAGCUGCUGAGGAACGUCAGUCCACACAUAGAGACGCUCACAAAUGAGGCGCUUACGCUACAGCGAGUGCUAAGCAAGUAUCUGCCUGCGUUAAACGUGAGUAUGAUUGUCGGACAGGUCUUUACGAACUAUAAGGAGCAACGGAGUAAGGCUUUCGAAGGUGCGGCGAUACGGACCGAGGCCGAAAAAGCGAGGCUUCUACGAGAUGCGGAGCUUCUCGAAUCAAAGCUUAGCAAGAUUGACGGCGGAGAAGAGCUCGGCGCGCACAUAAUCAAUAUUGUUAAAGCGAAGUAG